CCGCGGCCCCGCAGCUCCUCGCCGAGGCGGCGCGGCCUCCGCUCCCUCCCUCCUUGCCUCAGUCGCUUCCCGGCCCCGACGCGAUGUCGGGCGGCGCGGCGAGCACCCCCAAGCCUCUCCCGUCCUCCGGGCCCAAGUCGCUGCGGGAGAUGCCGCAUCCCCUGGCCACGUCCAGCAGCGAGGAGAUGGGGCCGGCGCUCACCCCCAGCCCUGACCUGCUCCUGCCCCGCUGCAUCGCCGACAGGGAUCUUAGUCUGCCUAAUGGCACACCUGUGGACACUUCUAGCCCAGCCUCCUCCUCAUCUCUCCUUAACAGAUUGCAGCUGGAUGAUGACUUGGAUGUGGAAACUAGAGACCUCUUUGUAACUGUUGAUGAUCCCAAAAAACACGUGUGCACGAUGGAGACGUAUAUCACGUACAGGGUUACAACAAAGACUACACGAGCAGAGUUUGAUUUGCCAGAGUAUUCUGUCCGUCGGCGGUACCAAGACUUCGACUGGUUGAGAAACAAGCUGGAAGAGUCUCAGCCAACGCAUCUCAUUCCCCCUCUUCCUGAGAAAUUUGUGGUGAAGGGUGUUGUUGAUCGCUUUUCUGAAGAGUUCGUGGAAACAAGGAGGAAAGCUUUAGACAAGUUCUUGAAGAGAAUAACUGAUCACCCAGUGCUUUCUUUCAAUGAGCACUUCAACGUCUUUCUCACAGCCAAGGAUCUUAAUGCCUACAAAAAGCAAGGAAUGGCAUUGCUGUCAAAGGUGGGGGAGUCUGUCAAAUAUGUUACAGGAGGCUACAAAUUAAGAAGUCGGCCACUGGAGUUUGCAGCCAUUGGGGAUUAUCUUGAUACAUUCUCUCUAAAGCUUGGUACCAUUGACAGAAUAGCACAGCGGAUCAUCAAAGAGCAGUUGGAAUACUUGGUGGAACUACGAGAAUAUGGACCUGUCUAUUCAACCUGGGGAGGGCUGGAGGUUGAACUGUCAGAGCCCCUGGAAGGGGUGUCUGCCUGUAUUGGGAACUGCUGCACAGCUCUUGAAGAACUCAGUGAAGACAUGACAGAAGACUUCCUGCCUGUGCUUAGGGAAUAUAUACUGUAUGCUGAGUCAAUGAAGAACGUGUUGAAGAAGAGAGACCAAGUUCAAGCAGAGUAUGAAGCAAAACUGGAAGCAGUAGCCUUGAAGAAGGAAGACCGUCCAAAGGUACCCACAGAUGUUGAGAAAUGUCAAGACCGAGUAGAAUGUUUCAAUGCUGACCUGAAAGCAGAUAUGGAGAGAUGGCAGAACAACAAAAGACAAGACUUUAGGCAGCUACUCAUGGGGAUGGCGGAUAAAAACAUCCAGUACUACGAGAAGUGCCUUACGGCGUGGGAGUCAAUUAUACCACUAUUGCAAGACAAGCCAGAGACCAAAUAAGAAGUACCUUCAUGGACAGUCUAGCACUUCUAUGCUCAGUACCACUAGACAUACUGGAACUGUAUGAAGGACUCUUUUUGUCAAGUUAACUGAAAUGACAGCUGCACUUAGGCUGGAACAGACGCUCUGAAAACUGUUUGAAUUUUUUUUCCUCAAUUUUUGUGUUAAAACUGGGGUAUGUUUCAUCUUUUUGAGUUAUCUUGAAUGGUUCCUUCUUUAUCCUAUGGAGUGAUUGGGGUUUCAUAGAGAAAGUGCAUGGGGAUCUUGAUAAAACUUACCUCUCUAGUCUGGAAGGAACUGAUGAGUGGAACACUAAAAAGAUGAAAAUAAAACUCUACUGCAAGGUGCCAAAUGACAUCUUUAUUACCAUUGUUUUGUUUGCUAAAAAAGAAAAAAAUUAUUUCUGUGAUACCGUACUCCUUAACCAAUCCUUAUCCUUUUUUUUUUUUUUUUGAGUGGACAGGGAAAGACUGGGAAAGAAUAUUUUCAGUUUUGCUAUGGCCCAUAUUCUUCCUCUGGAUAAAAUGGUCUCUGGAGAUUUUUCUGUCUGGGAGUUGGUCUGGUCUUAGAACAUACCACCACCACCCACAGAUAGCCUGUGAUGCGAGCAUGAACUGUGGUUUUUGUGAGUGUGGAAUGCUGUUGGUUCCUACUGAGUUUCUUUGUUUACCUUGGUGAUUAUGAAGCAAUGUCAGUUGGCUGAAGUAUACUUGUGACUGACUCGGGGACCAGGAUCAGCCGAGCUGUGGGAAUGAGGUGAACAUCGACCUUUCAAGGGCCCCUUUUGUGGGAGUGGAGGAGGAAGUACGAGUCUUUAACUUUUCUAAAGCUAGCUCCAGAAGUUGCAUGGUGCAAUUCUCUUAGACCAUGCUUUAAUUUAAAUAUGCGUGUUACUAGAGCCAUUUGAGGCUUGGUGACUUGAGAUGCCUGCUGUAAUAAAGGUAGAACUCUGCUUCCUCUCCCCAUGUGUUUUUUUGCAGCAGCCAAAAGCCAAAAAGUGUCAAAUGUUUGCUUCCACCAAGCAUCAGUGCGUGUGAAACUUGCCUAAAAUGGGUUGGUGGGGGGUGGAUGGGUACCCUGGUAGGUACAGAGAGUUCAUAUCUGUCUCUGCUGAACCACAUGGCAAGUCUUUUAAGACUACUUUCGGUACAGAUCUGUUUUUAUUGGCCUUAAGAAAUGUAACUGCUUCUGCAAGUCCCUUUUUUUCUCCUUUCUCUUGCAGUCCAACCUCAAGUAAAUGCCUAUUUGGUGUUAGUGGCCUUAGGAAUGCUGAUGUGAUUCCCAUGGUCCUAGAGUCUUGGUUUAACAGCAUGCAGAUAAAUCUUUUUUAACCAUCCUAAGGGUGGGGGUGGGGGUUGGGACUCAUAUCAGUGUAAUAUUUGGAUUUGGGGGAAUAAAUAACUCAUUGCUUACAGCUAAAUUUUAGUGAUUGCAUGAUCUCUGGCAACAUUCUUGCAAAGAAUCUGAGCAGUAAUUGAGAAUGUCCAACUUCUGUGUUCUCCUGUAACAACCUAUCAGGUUUGGAAUUUGUCUGGUUUGGAAUUUGUCCCUUCAUGAACACCAAGUUAACCUGCAGCCACCCAAUUCAGCUUGGUACUGUGGUAGCUCUCAGGCUAAUGAAGUUGUGCUCUCUGUAUGAAAAAGUCAAGUUUAAGACAUUUCAAGAGGUCUUCCUUUUUAAUUCAGCCUUCACUGACAACUCUGUGGUACUAAACAAACUAUGCUUCUUGUUUUAAACUCAGUUUGUCAAUAUACACUUACUUGGUGUAAAUGAGAACUCUGCUUUAGGUUGUUAGGUUCAGAAUAACAGACUACUCUUGUUGUGCAAGGGAAAUACUUAGGGGGAUCAUCUUGAAGCAGUCUUUCCUUCUAGAAUAAGCACUUGCAUACUAUCUAAGAGUCUGACCUUUAGGACUGCAGUCUUCCCUGUAUUCCACAAACAGAUCAACAUGCUUUAUGAGUUGGUUCCUGUGUGGCAAAUGGAAUUUUGUAGUUGACUGUACAACAUCACUGGGAGUCAAGCAAAAUAUAAUUUGAACUAAUACUUAGUUCCCUCCAUCUUAUUGAAAAAAAAUACCAGCAAAAGAUGAGCAGAAAGGCUGGUGGGUUUUUCCUACAGGUGGUUUCAUCUGAUACCUUACAAAACUGACAUCCUGUUCCCACUUAGUUUUAUGUCAGACUGAAGUGGGUGUUGGUUCUGGGGAACUUACAAUUAACAUCACAGCUGUUCAUGAGAAGCAUAACGGACAGUGGAGAGUACCAGGUGAAGUUCAAAUCAGCAUGUUAACUGUUGAGGCUGGAGCUGUUGAACAUCAGCUGGAAUUUUAUUCCAUCCAAUGCCACUGAUUUUGUGGUAUGGUUUUUAAACUUGUCCUCAUCCGAAGCACAUUUUGAUUUCAGACAAAUCCCUUUCUGGCUAUGCUGCUGGGAAGGUGGGCACACUUUGCACUUUCCUGUUGGAGUAUGUGGCACUGUGGCAACUGCAGGUUAAUUUGGAGGAGAGGCUGGAACAUGGCACGUCAGGCAGUGGGCAUUAACAGGAUAUAUUAUAUGGCCUGAAACACUAAAACCUCUCUUAAGCAUAUACAAGGGAAGUAAAACUUCACAUUCAAAAGAGAAGUCCCCUGCAAAAAUUGAAGUGUAAGAACGGUGUGCAAUGGUGGGUCUCAGCUCCUUCGAGCUAUGGAGUGGUGUCUUUUUAUGAAGAGCUGUUGUAAAUCACAAGGUAGCUGUGGGAGAGGCUGUGAGGUGUGGCGAGGGUUCCUGACUUCAAUGUUUGGGGCAAUCGGGAGAACUACAAAAGUUACAAGAAAUUGCUGUAAGAUGUACAGAGUAACACUUGUAAAGCCUCACCUAACUGCUGUUAGUGAGAGGUCAAGAGCUGGACUCUUGAUAUGUUAUCCUGUAAUUAUUAUGGCAUAUGAGUCUUUGGAUGGCCCACACUUUCAUGAGAGAAGUAAAAGGUGUUGUUAAAGGGAAUCAGGAGUAGUGCAGGAGCUUCAUCUUUGUGUAACUUCUUGGAUGUUAAGUCACUUAGAUCACCCUCUGCAUGUGCACCGAAAUGACAUCAAAAGUAGUUGGCAUCCUUGUUGUGAGCCUUUGGUUUCUUCAGCAGUCCUUAAAUCAUCCCAGCUUUCCUUUUAAUCCAUAGCCAGGCCAAGAUCUCUCUUGGAGGAUACAUAAUUCACUGCUGUCCUGGUUAUUUUUGGGGAUGUUUGUUUCUUCUCUUAAGUGGCACCAGCACAAUAAAGCAAGCACUUGUUUCUGUGCUCAGUUAUGGACCAUGCAUUGUUCAUGUAUAUCUUUACCAGGCUCUAAAUCUUGCAAUAAAUACAGAUGUUAAAACAUCAUGGCUUUUUCAGGUACACAUUGAAAAAUGAAAAGGUAAUAGGUGUAGCCCUAGAGACACAAACUAUUCUGAUGUGAAUUGUAUUAAGGAAUAAACUAUGGAUUCUUCACUGAAGACUACUUGGAUUUUUGUUGGACUAAUGCUUGUUCUAAGGAUAAAGCAGUGUGAUAAGUGGUAGGAAAAAAUUAUCCACAAAGCAUGAGCGGCAGAGACAGUUCUGUGGAGGUACUGUGCUGUAGCCUUGCAGCAGUGGCUCUGCAUAGCCUGUUCACGUUGCAUAUUGCUUCAGGCAUCAGUCCUGCAGAUCCCAACGCAUGAAAGAAUUCUCUCCCAGACCAGCAGGCACUGUCCAGUGUUUUAAGAGGAGCCAUGCUUUUGUUAAAACUUGUAUAUUUUAACUGUAUACGGUUAUGAUUAAUGUUGCAUACUGUUUAAAAUCCUGGUGCUGACAGCCCCUGAGCAAAAUUGCAUAGACUAAGCUAGCUCAGUAGAUGUUCAGUCGUCUUAAAUUCUGAAGGUAGAACAGUCUUUCUUCUGGUAUUAUAACUUUUACUACAACAACCAAUACGUAGGGAAAAUAAGGACUUUUUUUAAAGAUAGGGGAGUUGCUACUACUUGUGAGAUUAUUUUUGUUGUUUGUUUUGUGAAGUUAAACUGGGGAUCACAGGAAUAAACUUGCCUUCUGGCAGACUGAAUGUUGCAUUUAAAAUUUUUUGGGAGUGCUGUUUAACCAGCUUUACAGACUAAAGUGGCAAUGCUUAAUUCUGUGCUUAGCACUUUGAAGUCUUACUGAGGUGUCUGAGUCAUACAAGUACUUGGUAAUGAACUGGACAAGUUUUAAGGUUGCAUGCCUAGGGCACAGUAUUUGUGCAGAAAAUAAUGCACUUUCCAAAGAGGUAGAUGUAGAUCACCCUUAUGUAAGUGGCAUGCUGAAACAAUAAAGGCUAGUUGCCGUCCUACGCUACUUUAAAGGUCUUGGCACUCUGUGCUUUGAAACUAAACUGUUUCCUUAACUCUGCUGCUGGGAUAUGUAUCCAUACCUUCAGAUCAAACAGCAGGGUUGGGGUCAGUGCCACAUUCCCACUGCACAAGGAGGCAGGUUGCUGACAGUCCUGUAAUAACAAAGAGCCAAAGGGCUUUUGUCUGUAGUAUACAAAAAUAAGGAAACACUGUCCUUGUUCUCGUGUCUUCUGUGCCUGCAUCCCUCUGUCCCUCUUUAAGGUCUGGAGAGUUGGGCCGUGCAGUUGAAGGUAAGCUGGCUGUGAGCCUCACACAUUGUGUUGAAGGGGUCAGUGCUGGGACUGAAAUGGUGCUGGCUCAUUUUCCAGACUCUUCUGGUUUCAGCCUCUGUAAAUCCACUCACCAGAACUAGAGUCGCUGUUGAUACCAUUUAAAAACAAAAUGAAAGCUGUGAAAAGACUUGUCUCUGUGUGAAUUAGCUAGUAAACAGUGUAAAAAUGGGAAGGAGGCUUUUGUUUCCUGCACUUGACCAAAUCUGGCAACUGUGCUCUUGUUCAGACGUACAGGCUAGGAAAUGUUGUCUUGCCUUCUGGUGCUGGCAUGUUUCUAUACCCUUUCAUAUAUCUCUGUAUAAAUAUACCUUGUGCAUUGUUUACUAUGGAACUAGUGUUGAUGGAGAAAAACAUUUUGAGGUAAAACUGUUUGUAAUUCUCUAUUAGUGUGUACAAUUUUUUUAAAAUGCACCAUUUGUUUACCUCAAUUAAUUUAAUGGAAUGGACCAAUAAAUGUAUUAAAAUAGGACUCCUUUACUUAGAAUAAAGUUUCAUUUUUUGCAGCCUU